AUGGCUCCGACGUAUAGAGAUCAUUAUUUUGGUCAUAGUGUUCCAUCCAUCAAAGAUUGUCACUGGUGCCAAAUUCGCAGCUUCUCCAACGCCGACAAAUACCCAAUUUCCAUCGUUUGCAAAGACGAACAUCUAACUCUCCCUGGUGAUUUCACCUUUAUCCAGAAAUCCAUCCUCCGAGAAGGAGUAUCCCGAGCUGAUCCUGAGUUUCGAGUCGGCUGUGAAUGCAAAAAUAAUUGUCAUGGAAUCACUUGUCACUGUCUACAAGAUUCCGAAGUCGACCUACCGGAUCAUAACGUCUAUGCCUACCAAGCAGGUGGUAAUAGUGAAGGAUGUUUGAAAGAACAGCUUUUAGGUAGUAAAGCGCCUAUUUAUGAAUGUCAUGAAGCUUGCGCUUGUGACGAGACUUGUGAUAAUCGAAUUGUGGCAAGAGGAAGACGUGUACCAUUACAAGUUUUCCGUACAGAAACUCGUGGCUGGGGUGUUCGAAGCAAAGUCCCCAUCAAAGCAGGUGCAUUCAUAGAUUGCUAUAUUGGCGAAAUAAUCACAUCUCAAGAAGCCGAAAGACGUCGCGAUAAUGCAAUCAUCAGUAAGAGAAAAGAUCUCUACCUAUUCAACAUUGACAAGUUCACCGAUCCAGAUAGUCUCGAUGAGACUUUACGUGGCGAUCCAUAUGUAAUCGAUGGGGAAUUUUUCUCGGGACCUAGUCGUUUCUUCAAUCACUCCUGCGAACCUAAUAUGAAUAUUUUUGCUCGUGUGGGGGAUUACUCGGAGAAAAAUCUUCAUGAUUUGGCUUUCUUUGCGUCGGAGGAUAUUCGACCUAUGACGGAACUUACUUUUGAUUAUGUGGAUGGUCAUGAUAAUGGAGAGGAGGGAAGCGAGAAAUGUUUAUGUGGAACUAAGUCUUGUAGAGGUUGGCUUUGGUAG